AUGGAUUUGCUCGAAUAUUUGUCGCAAUUCCCGAACAACCUAGUAGGCAAUCCACUAGUGGUGAUUCAAGUGAAUACGUUCGAGUGUGGCGGAAUAGCAAUUGGCUUGCGCUCUACACACAGGAUCAGCGACAUGUACACCAUGGCCAUUUUCGUUAACUCGUGGGCCACCGCUUGCCGAGGUAACAUAGAUGUUAUAGUCUGUCCAAGUUUCGAGUUGUCGUCUCUAUUCCCAAUGAAAGUGUCGGCCGUUGCGAAUUGGCUUCCGCCACGGAUUAUUGGCAGCAAGGAAUUCACGGUGUCUAGGUUCAAGUUCAGCGGUGAUGUUGUAUCGAAGUUGAGAGCCCUAGCUAGGGAUGAUGCAAAGGAUUCAAUGGCCAACAACUUCCAGCCUUCGAGGGUGGAGGUUGUUUCGGCACUAAUAAGUAAGGCUCUCGUCAAGAUUGAUCGAUCUAGACAGGGCAAAGAAAGGCCUUUCGCAGUUUGGAUGACGUUUAACUUGCGCGAUAAAGUCAAACUAAAGAUACCCGCAAAUUCUUGUGGCAAUUUCUUCAGCGUGAUUUCUGGGCGCUCCGAUCAUCCCACGGCCGGCAAAACGAAUUCGGAGUUCAAUGAGAUGGUGAACAUAAUCCACAACAUGAUAUCAGACGCUAAAACGAAAUAUAGAACAAUAGUAAACAAGGAGGAGUUCUGCUCGACGGUGGUGAAUUCUAUAGCCAAAAUUGUCAAAGUCGCGUCCUCAAGCGAAGUGUUUACGAUUUCUUUUAGUAGCUGGUGCCGUUUCGGGCUAUAUGAGAUCGACUUCGGGUGGGGAAGGCCGGUUCCCGUCAGCAACAUAUCAUUGAAUCUCAGAUCGGUCUUUCUUAUCGACGAUGAAGAGGGCAAAGGAAUUGAUGCAUGGACAACCACCACUGGAGAUGAGAUGAUUCUUCUUAAACAAGAUCCGGAUAUUCUGGCAUUCACUUCCUAG